AUGUCCUCACACGAAAAGCUGUCGGCAGCAGCCAACGACCGCAAAUCGCGCCUUGCGCAGCUGAAGUCGCUCAAGCGCAAACAAGAGCAAAUAUCAGACGCGCCAGAAGCUACAGACUCACCCUCCACCCAACCUCAAAUCGAGACGUCACAGGCUCUCACGCGCACAGAAGAGGAGGAGCCAUCAGUAGCAACCACCUAUUUGUCCGGGCGGAAUUAUGACCCCACGACACGGAAUGUCAAGCUGGGCUUCGACAACCUACCCAUCGCCGACCCCACAAACACACUAGAAUACAAGGCGGAGCAAUUAGCUCUCGAGACAAAGGCACAGCAGGAAGCAGAUAAGGCGGAAGAUAAAGGGCUGGACCUGUUCAAGUUGCAACCCAAGAAGCCGAAUUGGGACCUGAAGAGGGACUUAGAACAGAAGAUGAAGCCACUGCACGUACAAACUGACAACGCCAUCGCAAAGCUAGUUAGGGAGAGAGUGGAAGCGCAAAAGGCCAUACGAGAGAAGCAGCCGUCAGAUGGCAGUAACGGAGAAGAAGUGGGCAUGGAAGGAAGUGAGCUGGUCGAAGCUAUGCACCUGAAGGAGCAAGAGGAAGAGCGCGAAAGGAAACGAGACGAAGAGGAUGAGGAUGUGAGCUGA